AUGUUCAAUCCUAUAGAAUCUGCUACCCCAGAAUAUUCCAUAUCAAUUCCUGAGUUACUACCUCAUUCUCGAGUUUAUCAGAUACAAGUGGGUGAUAAACUUUUCAAAAUCAGUGGGGCUUCAUUAUCUUCCGAUGGACCAUCUUAUUUCACCAAGUUUUUUGGUGAUAAUGUUAAUGCUGAUAAAACUUUAUUCAUUGAUAGAUCUCCUGUAGUUUUCGAGAAGAUAUAUAAUCAUUUACAAGGUUAUGCAAUUGAUAUUGAAACGGAUUAUUUAUAUAAACAAGUGUUUUUAGAUGCUAUGUAUUUCUCAUUACCAAAAUUGGCAGAUAUUUUAACAAGAGAAUAUGGAGUUUAUGCAAGAAUUGGUGAAAAAUCUUUUUGUGUACCGAAACAUUUAUUAAAUACUCCAGGUAAUCUGCCAAACUAUUUCACUAUCAAUAAUGAUGAUUUUACUAGAAGAUUUCAAGUAGUUGAAAAACAUAAAUUAAUUAGACCCCCACCAACAAGACCGAUUAGUGUACCUCAUAGAUCAAGUUUAUUAUUCACCGAUGUCAUAGAAUUACUCAAAGGUAAUACUUCAGUGAUAAGAGAUGAUAAUCAUCGUGCUUUAUUAAUAAAAGAAUGUAAAUAUUAUAGAUUUUUGGAAUUAGAACAAAAAUUGAUCAAAUGUAAAAUUAUCAAUAAUCCUUAUAAUGAAUAUCAAGAGAUAUCUAUCAAUUUGAAUGAUAUAAGUAAAAAAGGGUUAUCAUUACCUCAAGCAUUGCCCAGUCAAGAAGUGGAAUUACAAUAUCAAAGACCUUAUAUUGCCAAAGAACCAAAAAGAGAUUUGAUUUUCACCAUUGAACCUGAAGAUGGUUUUGAUGUUAGAUUAUUUUUGAACAAAACUUUGAAAGUAGUAACCACCAAAUUCUCGAAAGACAUUUAUUAUAAGAUUGAAAAGCUAUUCCGUGAUUUUAUCCCUCCUAAGGACUUUUUGACUGAUGAUUCUGAUCCUACUUCUCCCACAGUAAUGUUUAUAACAACUUUAAGAGAAUGCCACUGUACUAUCAAUGGGUUGGAAAUGAGAAAUUCUUGGCUCGAAGAUAUAUUUGGAGUUCAGCACCACUUGAUAAAUGAAGGAUUAAGUGAUUUAAUCUUGAAAAAAGGUGAACAAUCACCACCGUAUCUUUCACCAGAGUUAUCAGUGGAAAAUCCUAAAAAGAGGAGGUUAUCCCGAGAAGUGGAAGGUGAUAUAAUAGAAUUUAGAAUCAUUAAAGGAUCUUGGAAAAUAAGCGCUAUCGAUAAUCAUCCCAAAUUAAUAGGGGUCGAUAUGGUGGCUUCAAGUGAUUUAGUCGGAUUCUAUAAAAGCCUACGUGAAAUGGAUAGACAUUAA